UAUACACAGAAACUGCAUUGGGAGAAAGUUUCGAUUUGUGUUUAACCAUGCAAGACGUUAGAACAUCUCUCCGGCCAACAUUUGAAGAGAGUAAAAUGGGUUUUAUGAAAGUUCUCAAGUGGCAAUUUUUACCCGCAGUGGUCUGUUUCAAUUUGGCUUAUUUGAUUUCUUACGUAUUUCCCUUUUGGUGUUUUAUUUUGAUCGUGAGUGGGUUAGCCCAGGUGAUCUACGGUUACUACAAUUCCAUGUCCAUAUCUCCGCAAGGCCGUGGUGUGCUGAUUACCGGAUGCGACUCCGGCUUUGGACAUCAGUUGGCAGAGAAGUUGCAUUCAAUGGAUUUUACUGUCUUUGCUGGUUGCGUAGAUGAAAAGAGUUACGGCGCAUUAGGCCUGCAAAGCAUAGGGAAUGAAACUGGAAGAUUGCAUGUUCUGAAAUUGGAUGUUACCAGUAACGAAGAUGUUAACAAAGCGCGUGAAUAUGUCGAAAAUCAUCUUCCGGCGUUGGGUAUGUGGGCCAUUGUCAAUAAUGCCGGCCGCUACAUUGUUGGUUUUCUCGAAUGGCUCGCCAUGGAAGAUUAUAACAAAGUUGCAGCAGUUAAUUUGUUCGGCGCUAUCCGUGUGACGAAAGCAUUUUUACCACUUAUUCGCAAAAGUCAAGGACGGAUUGUUAACGUCUCUUCCAUCCUGGGUCGUAUUCCAGACCCAUUUUUGGGUGCUUACAGCAUCACGAAAUUCGCACUCGAAGCUUAUUCGGACAUUCUUCGUAUUGAAAUGAUCCCGUUCAAUGUGAAAGUCAGCAUGAUUGAACCGGGUAACUUUUUGGCUGCAACAAAUGUUCUUUCUGGAAAGGAAGGUCUGAUUGCAAUGGCCAAUGACUCGUGGAACAGACUGGAUGAGUCCAUCAAGAAAGACUAUGGAAAAGAGACGUUCGACAGGCAGAUGCGUAUAGUAGAAAUUCUGAUGAAACUCUCGGAAAGAGAUAGUGGAUCCGUCAUUUCGGCUAUGACAGAUGCUGUGUAUCGCGAAUAUCCCAAGAAUCGCUAUUUGGAAGCCACGUUGAUGGAUAAAGCUAUGGCCUAUUGUAUCCAAUUUUUGCCUACAUCGUGGAGUGACAGUCUGAGAUUAGGAUUCCAAAAACAGUUAAUCAAUUUGUACCGCUAAGACACCGUCCCUUAAAUUUCAU